AUGACUCCACAGGUGACGAAAGCCACAGUGGUGGCUUUCCACAAAGUACUGGUCCUGUUGCAGGUGAGCACCGCCGCCUCCUCCCGGGACCCAGCUCUCCGCGCCCCCCGUUCUGCCAGGGCCCGCGGCUCUCGGGGGCCCGCCCCGGCCCGCGGGAGGGGCCCGCACCCGCCGGGGUGGGAUGGGGAUGUUCCCCUGGAGAUUUGGGGGGGUUCGCAUAGCGGCUGGGGACUGGGGGUUCUCUCCAUCGCUUGUCCCUGCAACCUGUGUCUCUGUCCCCAGGCUGAAGGAGAGACCAAGGGCGAUAAGGCCAAAGUUAAGGAUGAGCCACAGCGGAGAUCAGCGCGGUUAUCUGCUAAGCCAGCUCCUCCAAAGCCAGAGCCCAAACCUAAAAAAGCAGCUCCAAAGAAGAGCGAGAAGGUGCCCAAGGGGAAGAAGGGAAAAGCUGAUGCUGGCAAGGAGGGAAACAACCCCGCAGAAAACGGAGAUGCCAAAACAGACCAGGCACAGAAAGCCGAAGGUGCUGGUGAAGCCAAGUAAAAUGUGUGAAUUUUUGAUAACUGUGUACUUCUGGUGACUGUACAGUUUGAAAUACUAUUUUUUAUCAAGUUUUAUAACAAUGCAGAAUUUUGGUUUACUUUUUUUUAAGCUAUGUUGUUAGCACACAGACUGCUUCAUUGUUGUGUUCUGGGGGGUGGGGGGCAAUGGGGACAAAUGUCACUUAGUCUAUUUCUCAAAACCUAAAUUUUAAUAAGAAAAGCUUUUGCCAGUCCCCCAGUUUUUGGAAGAAGGGAUUCCCCCAUGCUGUGCGUCAGUUCUGUCCAAGUGAACAUCAAAGCUGCCAAGGUGAUGUUCCUGCUCCAAAUCCCAGUGCCAUCAGUUCUUUGGUGUCCCCCUGUUCACCCAGAGCCCAUCACUCCAAACCACAGCAGAACUGGCAUUUUGGGACACACCACGGUCAGAUGCUCCGGAUUUCUGGUGUCCAAUCCGGGAUACGCUGGCUCAGAAAGGAGCUGCACUUCCUCUUUUCUAUUGUGGAUCCUCAGAUAAAGAAACCUGCCUUUAAAUUUUAUUUUCCUCUCAAAAGUCAGGGUGGGUUUGCGCAGUUGUCAGACAACGUGCGGAUGUGAACGUGUCCACCCUCACUCUAAACUUUGCCCUCUACAAGUGUGAGCUGAAGAUUCUUACGGUUUUUAGCAACUUCUCCAUUUCAGUAGUCCACAAAGGGAGGGGAGUUUGACAGUUGUUGUAAAAUGUUGCAGAUUGUAGCCCAUGUCCUGCCUAAAAUUACCAUGAUUGUUCAUGAAAAGUACCUUUAAUAAAGCUGGAUACGGUUUGGCUUGGA